AUGUGGUUAGUUUCUUUCCUAUUCGUACUAUUCGUUGUUUCCAUUAAUGGAACAGAACGAAAAACUUACGAGCAAAAAUUAACAGCGGUGGAUACUGAAAUCACCUCUUUUGCUCACACAGCAUUGUCAGAACAUUUCCGAAAUGAUAAACAAAUGCGUGCAACGCAUAUUGUUCAAAUCAAAACCGCUGUUGACAUAGAAAACAGUCGUCAAAUCUACACAAUCCAUUUCCAAGUCACAUCAAGUGAUAACGAUAUCAAAUACGAAUGUCCGGUAGCCGUUUAUGACGAUCCUGUUGGACAUAUUCGAGCAUUAGUUCGUGCAAUCGUUUGUAUUUCACUGGAACAAGAUUCUCGCAAUCAACAAUUAAUCGGUGGAGAUGUGCAACGUAAUGCAAAUAAGAUUCCGUACCCAUUUGUAUCCGGAACUAAAAUUCCUGUCGAGCAUACUUCAGUUGACGAAGUCGGCGAAUAUGACACGUAUUUGUUCGAUCGCUUCCAAAGACUUCAUCAAAAAUUCUAUAUGGAUGACAAAGAAAAAGAAAAACGAUUUCAAGUUUUCAAACAUAACUUAAACCGAAUUGAACAAUUCAAUGAGCAAGAAGAAGGCACGGCUAUCUACGGAAUAACACACUUGAGUGAUCUGAAUGAGGAGGAAUAUACUCAAUACCAUUUAAACGAACGUCUUUCCUUGUCAAAAGGUAUCCGCGUACAAUCGUCAGAAUCGCGCAAAGAUCCGCUACAAGUCACGCCGGACGCGUUCGAUUGGCGCAAUCACAGUGCUGUUACUGAUGUGAAAAAUCAAGGUCAAUGUGGUUCAUGUUGGGCAUUCAGUGUCACUGGAAAUAUCGAAGGUGUUUGGAAAGCGAAAAAAGGCGAUCUGAUCUCUUUGUCCGAACAAGAAUUGGUCGAUUGUGAUAAAGUCGAUGAAGGCUGUAAUGGUGGAUAUAUGACAGAUGCCUAUGGACAAAUCAUCAGCAUGGGCGGAUUGAUGACAGAAGAGGACUACAAGUAUGAAGGGAAACAACACAAUCAAUGCUUAUUGGACAAAUCUAAAAUUAAAGUUAAUAUCGAUAGUUAUGUAAAUAUAACGUCAGAUGAAAAUGGUAUGGCAGAAUGGUUGGCAACAAAUGCACCGAUCUCAAUUGGCUUAAACGCUAACAUGAUGCAGUUCUAUUUCCGUGGUGUUGCUCAUCCUCGACGUGCCUUUUGCAAUCCACAAGGUUUAAAUCAUGGUGUUCUACUAGUCGGUUAUGGCGUCGAACAGAAAAGUUCGAAAUCAAUUCCAUUUUGGAUUAUCAAGAAUAGUUGGGGUGCACAUUGGGGAGAAAAGGGUUAUUACCGUUUAUAUCGUGGUGAUGGUACAUGUGGUGUGAAUUUGAUGUGUUCAUCAGCAAUUGUGAAUUGA